AUGACAGUGGUGAUGACGCCGGCUCGCACUUUGCUGACGACCGAGGCGCGCUGCGGGACCGCCAACCUCGAGUGCCAGGUGUCCGGCGCGCGCGUCUGCAUCGACUCGCUCAGCGCCUGCGACGGCGUGCCCAACUGCGGCUCCUAUGACAUUUAUGAUGAGGAUCGGCUAACCUGCGGCGCGGCGGCUGGACUACAGCACAAUGUAUGCCUCGCCGCCAUCACAUUCCUGGCCGUGCUUCUCACUAUACUGUAUACAGUGCACUAUUGGCUCAAGCGAUGCGUGCCCAAAGUGUCAGACGCCUUCUUCAUAUACACCGAUGCUGCUGAGAAUGUUUUAUAUUUGGACCCCAUUAUGCGAUCGCCCAACGAUACCGGAUUCUCAAAAUUCUUUUACCAACCAAGGGGCAUGCAUGAUUAUAUGGAACACCCAGGAAUGCAAAGAAGACAUAAAACAGUUUGUAGUUAUUUAAUGGAUAGAUUUCAAAGAAUUUUCAGAUUAAAACGCACAAAAAGAUUUUCAGGAAGUUUACGAGGCAUUGCUGAAGCUGAUUACGAUGGAUUAGACGUAAUUGACUCUUUUGGCGAAAUAGAGUUAGGUAAACUAGAAUCUGCUUUGACGGCCGAUGUCGCUGUGCAAACAGGAUCAAGUUUAGAAAUUGAAGGAAUAGAAAGAGUCCUAGUAAGCGAAUCAUUAGAUAUAAUUAAUUCAGAUUAUGAUUUCGAAGCCUACCCCGAGCUAAAAAGUAUAGCAUCGGAUAAUGGUAAAAUGUUUGAUGACAAUAUGCUAGCAAACCAACCUUCAGAGGAGUUAAACAUGUUAAAGUUCUUCAGAAAAUCACGAUCGAUUUCAAUGCAAAUGUCUUCUAGAGAUAUCAGUGACAUAGCAGCAAGACAGCAACCCGAUACAGAGGACAAGGAAACUCAAAGUGUUGAAUUUUAUGAGGAAUUUGUGACUGCCAGUCUCCUGUCAGUAAUUGACGAAGUGCCUGAAAAGAAGCCAGGACAAGGAAUUGUUCGAAAAAAAUUAAGAUUUGAAGGAGAAACGAAGGCUGUAGAUCCUGAUGAAGAUAAUGCUCAAGAAGAGGAGGCCAUUCCUGAAAAACGUCGGCGAAGUGUCAUGUUCGGCGGUAAACAUUUAGCUGAUAGUGAUAGUGACAGCAAUGAGCCAACUACUAGUAAUGCUAACAAGGAAUUUAAAUCCUAUUUUUGGAGUAAAAACAAAAAUAAGAAACCGACUAAAAAGAAGUCGCAACAGCUUCCUCUACGUUAAAACUCAGAUAACAUGUUAUAUAUCUUCAAUUAUGUAUUUUUAUAAUUUUGUACGUAAAGUUGAAUGUUCA